AUCCUCAGCGGAUGCACUUCAAUUUCCAGGUGUUUGAUCUUUUUCAGUCUGUUUUGACAUGAGCAUGAACACAGAGGAUGACAACAACAACAACAAGACCAUACAUUCGGAGCCUGGAUUUAAGGGCUUGAUUGCGGGCUUUGCUUAUACGGGACCAGCAGCAAGAGCAAGUCGGUUAAAACUUCCAGUGGGCGCAAAUGUGCAAGUGGAUGAACAGUACAAAGCGUCCUCUGGCAGUGCACGCAUUCUUGACAAGGUCACGUCGGAUGCCACCAAACGACGCACCAAGCGCUCCGCAACCGUUCUCGAUACCUCUUCAAAGCGCAUACGUGCUGCCCAAACGAUAACACCAUUAAAAGAGGUUCCCGACUACUUGGAAAAGGAUCUCGACGUUGUGUUUUGCGGUUUCAACCCUGGUAUACAAUCAUCUACAAGAGGCCACCACUAUGCAGGAAGUAACAACCAUUUUUGGACAUGUCUAUCGGAAUCUGGACUUGUUGGGUCAACAGUCGUCACCUACAAAGACGACGCCCGGUGCCCUGCAGACUUUUCUAUUGGGUUCACGAAUAUCGUGUCCCGCCCUACUCGAGGCUCCAGUGAUCUUUCUAUGAAGGAAAUGUCUGCAGGAGCUGAUCCACUUUAUGCAAAGAUCACGACUUUUCGCCCAAAAGUGUGCUGUUUUGUUGGGAAAGGGGUUUAUGAGGCAUUUUCUGGGAAAAAGAAAUUUGAACUUGGACUGCAGGCUGAAAAAGUGGGAGCUACCGCCUUGUUUGUGGUGCCGUCAACGUCAGGAAGAGUUAGUGCUUAUAGCAAAGAGGAUAAGCUGCUGCUGUUUAAAGAAUUGAAGAGGGUGCUAGACGAAAUAACAGCGUCAAAGUCUCUGUUCACGGAGGAUGCAAUUCUUCACCAGCCUGAAAACGAUUUGAGUUAGGAGCGUUCGUUGUGUCGGCUAUGGCAAUCAGAAAAGCCGUUUCACAAUGAUCCCUGCUUCCAUCUACAGAUCAAGUGCAAAAGUGCCAACAAGUAAGACCAACAUUGGCUUCCUAGCUAAAAUAUAUGUAUAUUAUGUAACUAAAUGA